CUCUCUCGGGACAACAAUCCCCUCCCUCUCUCCUUCCCCCACCCCCGCGGGCUGCAGCGGGAGCCCACGGCUCCCUUGCCCGCCUGCAAACUCCCCUGCCGGCCGCAACGUCCUGCCUCCGCCUCCCCAAACUCCUUCAAACUUUCCCCGCCGCAGCGGGGACAAGAUUAUUGGGUGGGGGCGGUGGUUUACUUUCCCUCCCUCUCCUCCGGGAGCCCCCAAACCGGGCACCACCCUGAUUUCCCCUCGUCCCAGCAAUCAGCUCUUCCCACCAGCACCGGUUCCUACUUUGUCCCCCCCUCACCAGUUGGGAUCCCUCUCCUGGUCAAGACGGAAACCUCCUUCUCCACUGGGAAACCCUCCUGGGGGAUUUUGAACGAAGCCUGAGCUACCCUUGUUGCCUUUUCGGGAGGAAGGGCGAGCCCAUUCCCAGUGCCCCUGCCCCAGAGGAGAAGUGGCUACGACAUGUAAACGCAGGGAUCCCUUGGAGUUGGCCCUGGGCAUGGACAACUAUUUCCGGUCCUGGAGGAGAGUAGUAACUAGUGGAGUCGCAUUCAAGACAAACCAAAAAACGUGCUGAGGAUAUCCAAAGUGUGACAGGAAGGGGCAGCCUUCCAGCCCAACAACUAUGCCUUUCGGGCUGAAAUUGCGACGGACCAGGCGCUAUAACGUCCUGAGCAAGAACUGCUUUGUGACACAGAUCCGUCUGCUGGACAACAAUGUGAUUGAGUGCACGCUCUCAGUGGAGAGCACAGGGCAGGAGUGUCUGGAGGCUGUGGCCCAGAGGCUGGAAUUACGUGAGACACACUACUUUGGCCUUUGGUUUCUCAGCAAGAGCCAGCAAGCACGAUGGGUAGAACUGGAAAAACCUCUGAAGAAACAGCUGGACAAAUUUGCCAAUGAGCCUUUGCUUUUCUUUGGGGUAAUGUUCUAUGUGCCCAAUGUGUCCCGACUGCAGCAGGAGGUCACAAGGUAUCAAUAUUACCUACAAGUGAAAAAAGAUGUUCUUGAUGGUCGAUUGCGUUCUUCGUUGGAUCAGGGGAUCCGGCUGGCUGGCUUAGCUGUGCAAGCGGAUUUUGGUGACUAUAAUCAGUUUGAAUCUCAUGAUUUCCUCCGAGAAUAUGUUCUGUUUCCUAUGGACUGGACUCAAGAUGAAGCAGUCCUGGAAGAUCUGACUCAAAAGGUAGCUCAGGAACAUAAAACUCAUAGUGGCAUACCAGCAGCAGAAGCUGAACUUAUGUACAUCAGUGAAGUGGAACGUCUUGAAGGGUUUGGACAGGAAAGUUUCCCUGUGAAGGACAAUCAUGGAAAUGAUAUGCAUCUUGGCAUUUUCUUCAUGGGAAUCUUCAUAAAAAGUAGAAUUGGAAGGCCAACAGUGAUAUACAGGUGGAAUGAUAUUGGGAAUAUAAUACAUAACAAGUCUUCAAUCAUCGUGGAGUUGAUCAACAAAGAAGAAACCGUGCUCUUUCACACAGAUGAUAUUGAAAAUGCAAAAUAUAUUUCACGGCUGUUUGCUGCAAGGCAUAAGUUUUAUAAACAGAAUAAAAUCUGCACAGAACAAUCAAGUUCUCCUCCCCCUAUCAGACGGCGGCCCACCUGGAGUAGGUCAUCCUUGCCAAGACAGCACCCAUUUAUACUGCCACCUAUGCAUGUCCAGUGUGGAGAACACUACACUGAAACAAACAACUCACAAGACAGCAUUUUCCAUGGAAAUGAAGAAACAUUCUAUUGUAGAUCUCAGACCAGCUUGGAUAGGUGUCCCAUGGACUUCAGCUACUUAAAUGGUAAUGGGCCAAAUGGCAGUAUGUGCAGUGCCCACAGCAUGAACUCUCUCAACCGUUCACAGAACUUCGUUCAGGCAUCUCCAAUGUCCUCCAAUCUCAGCAUCCCAGGAAGUGAUAUCAUGAGAGCAGACUACAUCCCCAGCCAUAGACAUAGUGCCAUCAUAGUGCCGUCCUACAGGCCAACGCCAGACUAUGAAACUGUCAUGAGGCAAAUGAAGAGAGGGGUUAUUCACAUGGAUAGCCAAAGUCAAUCUUUAAGGAACCUCAAUAUUGGAAAUACACAUGCUUACAACCAACCAGAAGACCUGGUUUACAGCCAACCUGAGAUUCGAGAGAGACACCCCUAUACUGUUUCUUAUGGGCCGCACGGUGGUUAUAACAAACCUGUUGCCCCAUCUGACCAAAUGAACCCUAAUAAUGCUGUGCAGAAUAAGGCAGCAGCCAGUGCCAUAUCCCACACAGUUAGCACGCCAGAACUGGCUAACAUGCAGCUGCAGAGCAGUCAAAGCUAUAGUACUGCCCAUAUGUUAAAGAACUAUCUUUUCAGGCCACCACCUCCAUAUCCACGUCCACGUCCUGCCACCAGCACGCCUGACCUAGCGAGCCACCGUCAUAAAUAUGUCAGCGGCAGUAGCCCUGAUUUGGUUACUCGGAAGGUCCAGCUCUCAGUGAAGACAUUCCAAGAGGACAGCUUGCCAGUGGUUCAUCAGUCACUCCAGGAGGUUAGCGAGCCCCUCAUGGCAGCCAAGCAUCAUGCAGCUUUGAACAAGCGCCAUAGUUUGGAGGUCAUCAGCAAUAUGGUACGUGGUAUAGAAGCUAUGGCUUUAAAGACUUUAAAUGCCCCUCUGCCACGUAGAAAUACCUUGCGAGAGCAGGUGCAGCCAGAAGAGGCAGCGCAGAUGGAACAUGCGGUUCAGCAGCUCCCUUGCUACCAUCACAAGAAGACGUUCUCAAGUGCCACGAUGCUGAUACACAGCAGUGAAAGUGAAGAGGAAGAAGAAGCUUCAGAAUCAGUGUCACAGAUAGCACCGCUCCAUGAAAAUGUGGAAUAUAGUGCUCAGUUGCAAGCUGCUUUGGCUAGAAUACCAAAUAAACCUCCUCCUGAGUAUCCCGGGCCAAGGAAAAGUGUUAGCAAUGGAGCCCUGAGGCAGGACCAAGUAAACGUUUCAGUGGCUGUAGCCAGGGCCAAGGCCAUGAGGCCAGGACCUACCAAGGCCGUUAGCGUGUCUCGGACUGAUCAAAUGACAAUGAAUGGGUCCUCACUUGGACCGUCUAUCUCCGAGCCUGACCUCACGAGUGUAAAGGAGAGGGUCAAGAAAGAACCAGUGAAGGAAAGGCCUGUGUCCGAAAUGUUUUCCAUCGAGGACAGCAUUAUAGAAAGAGAGAUGAUGAUGAGGAAUCUAGAGAAGCAGAAGAUGGCAGGCCUGGAGGCCCAGAAGAGGCCCUUGAUGUUGGCAGCGUUAAAUGGACUCUCCGUUGCUAGAGUUCCAGUGCCUGAGGAUGGCCAGGAUGAAGUAGCCAAGGUGCCAAUGGAUGAGAGGUGCAAAAUCUUGAAGAGGAAGUUGGAAGAGGGGAUGGUAUUCACUGAAUAUGAGCAGAUUCCAAAGAAAAAGGCAGAUGGGAUCUUCACCACUGCAGCAUUGCCUGAAAAUGCUGAGCGCAACCGCAUCAGGGAAGUCAUUCCCUACGAGGAGAACAGAGUAGAGCUGGUACCAACCAAAGAAAAUAAUACAGGCUACAUCAAUGCCUCGCACAUAAAGGUUACUGUAAGUGGGGAGGAAUGGCACUAUAUAGCCACACAAGGACCUUUGCCACACACAUGCCAUGACUUCUGGCAGAUGGUGUGGGAACAGGGGGUGAAUGUUAUAGCCAUGGUCACAGCUGAAGAGGAAGGAGGAAGAAGCAAGAGUCAUCGCUACUGGCCUAAACUGGGCUCUAAGCACAGCUCAGCCACUUAUGGAAAGUUUAAGGUGACAACUAAGUUCCGCACGGAUUCUGGAUGCUAUGCUACUACGGGGCUGAAGGUCAAGCAUCUUUUGUCUGGGCAGGAGAGGACAGUGUGGCACUUGCAAUAUACUGACUGGCCUGAUCAUGGUUGUCCAGAAGAAGUCCAAGGCUUUUUAUCCUAUUUGGAGGAGAUACAGUCGGUACGUCGCCAUACCAACAGCGUGUUGGAUGCCAGCAACAAUUGCAACCCACCAAUCGUGGUUCACUGCAGUGCAGGUGUAGGGAGGACAGGGGUGGUUAUCCUAACAGAACUGAUGAUUGGCUGCUUGGAACAUAACGAAAAAGUGGAUGUUCCGGUGAUGCUGAGACACCUACGGGAGCAGAGAAUGUUCAUGAUUCAGACCAUCGCUCAGUACAAAUUUGUCUAUCGUGUGCUCAUCCAGUUCCUACAAAACUCUAGACUCAUUUAAUCUCCUUAGAAAUCCCAGAUGCAGUAUUGUGGAUUGGACUGAACCUUAUUGGCAAGACAGACACAUUCCUUUGACCAUGUGUCUAUUAUCAUGGUGUGCAAAUAUUGCACGUGCUCAAGUUGCCUCAAAAGUAAGGAGUCCUUGUUCUUCCGUAGAGAGUACCACAAAUUAUUUUGUACAAGAUUUUAUCUGGACUAGAUCAGCUAGCAUCUGAGAUGAACUGAGAUGGUGUACGUCUCCAGAGCUUCCUCUCUAGUACCAUUUGUAACUGUAACUUCAUGCCAGGGUUUUACAGUUGAGAGAGGUGAAUCUACUCCAUAUUGUAGAGGGAAAAACAAUCUUCUGAUGCUGAAGGACUGCAGCUUUAUCACACCCCGGUUCUUUGGAACGUAUUUUCUUCACCUUAAGGGAAGGACAGGAAUAAGCAUUUUCUAUCCAAUUUCAUUUGUUACAAUAGAAAUGAAAGGAUGGGACUUAAAGGAACAAUAUCUUUUCAUUUCUUUCUCACAGUUUUAGCAUCUGAGUCUUUUAAAAGGAAAAGGAGAAUGAAAACCCUAGUUAUAUUUGUGGUUUUCAUGCUGUAUUCACAUCAAAGCCUGGGCAAUGGGUAGUUUGCAAGAAACCACUUUUAAAGCACCAACUCCCACAAAUUGAACUGCACAGCUACUUGAAGCAGUUCUGAAAACUAACUCCAAAUAGACUUCUUCCAACUCUUGCCAGUUUCUAUCCGACACAUUCACCCAUGUUGUAUCCCUGUUGAUGUCUUAUGCUCCUUCAUCUACUUCAUAAAAGGGAAUUUUAAGUAGAUCAAUAAGCCUGCAUUCAUUUUUUCUAGAUAAACAAUAACAUUUUAACAGCCAUAACUUUUGUGAUUUAAUAUUAAACAUGUUGAACUGCUAAUAGUUAACAUUGACCCCAAAUUCCAUAGUACCCAAGUCCCCAGCUCAUGGGUAGAGUUCAUGCUCUCAACUAUAUAUAGGUCAGGGAUGGGAAAAAUGGCUUUGCUAAAUUUAGAAUUCACUCAUAAAUAGUUUGAUCAGAACUUACGGAGUUCUGAAGUUUGCAUUCCACCGCACUUUGCGGCGCAGAAGGGAUGGAGCUCUGCCCAGUGCCUGAAGUUCAUCUGCUCUGUCCCUGGCUGCCUCAAUUGACCUGCCACAACACGCCAUGCCAGCAGCUGGGUGCUGUCUCUGCAGGAACCCUAAACAUGAGGGUUUCCUCUGAUGAUUUGAAGGUACUGGCUGCAGAAUUUGGGGCCAUUUUGCCAUGCAUAUAAAUGGGAAAUGGGCAUGUGACCAGGCACAAGUAGGGUAGGGCAGGGUGAGACUCUGCAUGCAGGAAUACCCAGCUUCACAGUCUGAUACAAUGCUCUCUAGUGGGCUGGAAAUUGAGUUACAUCCCCUUGGGCACUGAAUGGGGUUUCAGAGUUAAUGGAAUAUAGUCUUCAGGCUUUCAUACUAAACCUGAUGUAACUUUGUAUUGUAGGUGGUAUGAAUACAUUCACUUCACUCACAUUAACAGUGGUCAGAUGUUGCUUGAUUUGUUUUGGAUUGAGAGGAUAGCAGGCUGUAGUUAUUCUUUCACUAAUUUCACCUGCUCACAUUACUAAUGCAGUCCAGACAUUUAAACCAAAUUCAUUGAAGGACACUUCUGCCCCAAUAGCUGUGGCUUAUUUAUCUGUUGUCCCAGCUCCAAGUAUCAGUAUUUAUAGAAUUAAAAAUAUUCUGGAUUUAGAAGCUGGAGGCUUUAGGGUAAAUUCUUUUAGGAAGUUUUGUUUAACUUUUGUUUUAAUGUCAACUGUUAUUUACCAGACAAUGUGUGUGUCAAAAAUAAGUAUUUAUAUUCAUCCAAUUCUUCCAGCAAAUAAAACCAUAACAUGCUCUACCUGAAACCACUAUGAAAUUCCCUAGCCUAUCCAUGCAUUUGCCAGUUGAUCAGUAUUUCAUUGUAUACAAAGGUUAGCCUUUCUGCAUCUGAUGCAUAUGCAACUCUCAUUGUGCGCUUUACAGGCACAAGAAAUGCAGGACUGUCCACCUUGGCAGCAAAUGGAAAUUUAGCAAUAUACCAGCAGCCCUAAUUGAACAAUCCCAGCACCAUUUCGAAAUAGGGGAAAUAAAACUAACAUUUCUAAAAACAAAUAAACUCUUUAAAAUUUGCAAUUUAUUUUAAUGUCAAUAUUCACCUAUCUAGGGCCUCAGUUCAGCACUCCUUAUACAGGUAAGCGUCCUAAUCAGCUCAGGAGGACUGGUACCUGAGUGAAAUGGAGAGGAAUUGAUUAGAAUUUAAUCACUGCAGUUUUUCUUGCAAAGAUCCAUUCUCUUGCUGCUAUUUUUUAAAACAAAUCAACAAAACUAGAAGCAUUUUGUAAAUGGGAUAAUUGGCCUGUUGAGGUUGCUCCUUAUAGAAGACAUUUUCCCCACUAGUAAAAUAUCUUAUUGUUGAUAUUUUUCAAAGGAAAAAAGUUUACACAUGUAUAAUUGUGUGGGACAUAUGUUACAUGUUAAAUUAGUUUUACAUCACUGGAUGUUCUAUUUUACUUCAGUAUUUCAAUGCUUGCUUUUGUAUUUGUUCUGUAACUCUGUACAUUACAGUUAAGUCCAAGACAAUGGUUUAACAAUUUCUCAGCCUCAUAGUAUGUAUACAUUUUGUAGACAAUUGAGGUCAAUUUCCACACCCCUUUUAAUUCAAGAUGAAUGGCAUACUCAUUUUAUACUAUUGAAAGUCCUAAAAAAACUAUGCAUGCUAUUUUAUAUUUUAAUGUAUAUUAUUCAUAUCAGUACAUAAGCUUAUGCUUAUCAGUUUUAUCUUGUGUAUAAAACUGAUUACUUUUGACAGUAUUUUUGCACUGUUUCUCUUCUCUUUAUAAAAAGAACUAUUCAGCAUUAGAUGACUGCAAUAACUUUUUUACAUCUUUCACUGCCUUGUGUAAAUAGUUUCCUAUAUGCCUUUUCGGAUGUGAGACUCAUGACUCACUAAGCUUUUUUGUAAAAGAUUGUUUAUCCUUUGUAUUCAUAGUAUGCAAUAAACUUUUUUUUCCUCC